AUGACUUCUACAACUGUUAUCCAGCAUGGUCCGUCUCCAGAGGAUGACUUCGGCCUUGAAGCGAUCGCUCAGCAUAACGCUGCGGUGGUGUCGACUGAGCAGUUCCCUCCUUAUCAGGACGACGGCAAAGGAUUGGGUAUCCAUCACGACGGCUACACUCCAUACGGCGACUCACCAGCAUACUACCACAACCCACCUACACCACGCAGCAACACAGCCAGCGAGGGCGUACGAACACGUUCGGGUCGCUCCACACGUGGGCGCACCGACUCACCCUUCGACAAUGGCCGCAUCAGUAAGUCACCAGCCGCCCGCACCAAGAAGGACAAGAAGUCCAAAGUCGACAAGUCCAAGAUGCCCAAGAUCACAGCUCCUCUUUCAGUCCUGACCAAAGACCUCUCCGUGCCUCUGAAGGACAUGGACGAGUGGGUGCAUCGUUCGGCAGAGACACGUCGCGCUGAGGUCGAGAGGCGCAAUGGCUAUGUCACUCGGCCGAUGAACAGCUUCAUGCUAUAUCGAUCUUGCUAUGCUGAGCGUACCAAAGCCUGGUGUACGCAGAACAAUCAUCAAGUCGUCUCCAGUGUGAGUGGUGAGAGCUGGCCAAUGGAGCCGACUGAAGUGCGACAGCAAUUCGAGGAGUGGGCGCGCAUCGAGCGUGAGAAUCAUGCCAAAGCUCACCCGGAGUAUAAGUUCUCUCCGUCGAAGUCCAACAAGCGGCGAAAGGGUGAUAUGACUGACGACGAGGGUGAUGAAGUCGCAUCGAACCUGGACAUGGAUCCGGAUGGUGAGUAUCAUGCCGGAGGUGCAAGGACACGAUCCAGGCGAGCAGCAGCACAACAGGCGGCAGCGCAGGCAGAUAUGGUGCCGUUGAACGCAACAUAUGGUUUCGACUCCCAUCCAUACUUUGCGCAGCAGAUCCCGUCCGGAAAUGAGCAGAGCCAGUACCAGUAUGCCAAUCCCGGACGACCACUACCAAGCAACGUCGCCUACGAUCACCAAGGUCUCAUCUACAACCCCCAGACCGGCGGCUACAUCCAGCAAGCAACAUACCAGCAUCCUCAGUUCCCAUAUGUCCAGGAUAUCCGAGGUGUGCGCAUACCUAUGCCUCAACAGCACCAACAGCAGCCACAACAUCAGGCACAGCACCAGCAAAGUGUUGGCGGGUACGGUCUUCCAGGCGGUAUGACGGCUGAAGAACUCUUCGUCAAUACUUCUCGCACCAGCACGCCAGCCAUGCAGCAGUAUGCAACGAAUGCCUACGGCCAGCCGAUGUACCCACAGCACACCACGUCCCACACACCGCAGCCAUCGUACUCCGCUGCACCAUAUGUUCAGAAUCCGAUCCAGCCUGAGCAACAGCUCACCACCCAACAAGCCUAUGCUGAGCAUCAAGCUUAUCUGCAAGCUGCUGCCCAGCCACAAACAGCCAUCGAUCCCAAUCUCGAAGCGGAUUUUAGGAAGAAUGAUGGAGCUGCUGUGGUAGUCGAUCAUUUUGGUGAAGCGAUUGGUGAUAUGGCUAAUGAUGACCUGACUGGGUUGUUCUAUAGCCAGGGUGAGACGACUGGUCCAGUGGAUGCGAAUGGGAUGCCGACGUCGUGGAGUGUGGGUGAGGGUAUGCAAUGA